AUGGUCAAGACCGCCGCACCAGGUCAGGGAGGUGGUUAUCGAACGCGAGCUGGGCGGAUUCUAGAACCGCAGGUCAAGCCUUUGUACAUCUCGCUGAUUCAUCAGCUCAAGGAUGUCAAUUUCGACUUCAUCUCCUUUCCAUCAGAUGUCACAGGAGACACUCACGGGCAGGACCGUGGAAUGGGCACCGCUACAGCCUCUGAAACCUUCAAAGAAAGCCACAGUCUCAUCGGUAUGGCUUCUGACCAUUAG